GUGGUAGUCGUGGAGAGAGUGGGUGGAGGGGAGAGUUCGGUGGAGGAUAGAGCGCCGAGAGUUCACCACCAUCACCAACAUCACCACCACUACGAUCACCACGAUCACCAUCACCACCAUGACCUACUCACCAGUAGCACAACAACCCUCUAGAGGCGCACCCGACCGCUAGAGUUUGAUAAACUCCAGUUGUUUAAUUAAAAACCCCACUUGUAUAAUUAUAUAGAGUCAACAUUGGCUUCAUUUUCUAAUCCGUGUAACUUAUUGAGCCGAGUAUUGGCGUGCGUCAAGGGAGCGCUCGUGAGCGGUGGUCGCGGGGCAUUGAUGCCUGUGGACUCGCGUCUCCUGCGACUCCCCACGACUCCGCCACGGCCCGGGCGGCAGAGGCACGGGGAGACGGAGGAGAGCCGCUCCCGGUGAGCGAGCGAGUAGGGUCCAGGUGGACACAGGUGGACACAGGUGGACACAGGUGGACACAGGUGUGCCGCCGGCUCGCGGGAGAGGCAUGCGCGGCGUCACGUCUCGUGCAGGUGAGCCGUGAGGAGAGCACGUGACCCCGACCUCACCGCGCCGGCUCCUGCGCGCGCCAUGAACAACAGUCACAGCGGCGUGAACCAGCUGGGAGGAGUGUUUGUCAACGGGCGGCCGCUCCCGGACUCCAUCCGCCAGAAGAUCGUGGAGUUAGCGCACAGCGGCGCGCGGCCCUGCGACAUCUCCCGCAUCCUGCAGGUGUCCAACGGCUGCGUGAGCAAGAUCCUGGGCCGCUACUACGAGACGGGCUCCAUCCGCCCGCGAGCCAUCGGCGGCAGCAAGCCGCGCGUGGCCACGCCCGAGGUGGUGGGGAAGAUCGCGCAGUACAAGCGGGAGUGCCCCUCCAUCUUUGCCUGGGAGAUCCGCGACCGCCUCCUCUCCGACGGAGUGUGCACCAGCGACAACAUCCCCAGCGUGUCAUCCAUCAAUCGGGUGCUGCGCAACCUGGCGAGCGAGAAGCAGGGGAUGGGGGGCACCGACGGCGUCUACGACAAACUGCGGCUGCUCAACGGGGGGCAAGGGGGGGUCGAGUGGGCGGCGCGGUCCGCCUGGUACCCCGGCAGCCCCCUCUCAGCCGACGGAUGCGUUCAGUCGCACAAGCUGGGGGGAGGGGCCGGUGGGGGGGGCUCCGCGGGGGGCGGAGCCGGCGGGGUGGGCUCCGCGGGGGGCGGGGCUGGCGGUGGGGGCGAGAACGGAGCUGCGAGUUCUGCGAGCGACGACUCGGAGGAGGCCCAGAUGCGGCUGCAGCUGAAGAGGAAGCUGCAGAGGAACCGCACCUCGUUCACCCCGGAGCAGAUCGAGGCGCUCGAGAAAGAGUUCGAGAGGACUCACUACCCAGACGUGUUCGCGCGGGAGCGACUCGCCUCGAAAAUAGACCUCCCCGAAGCGCGAAUCCAGGUGUGGUUCUCUAACCGCCGUGCCAAGUGGAGGCGCGAGGAGAAGUUGCGCAAUCAGAGGCGGCAGGGGGGAGUGGGGGGAGGGGGUCCCGCGGGGGCCGGGGGAGGGAUCCCCUCGAGCAGUCACAUCCCCAUCAGCAGCAACUUCAGCGCCGGGGUCUACCAGCCCCUGGCGCAGCCCGCGGCUCCCGGCGCGAUGCUGGGCCGUAGCGACUCGAUGCUAGGGGGCUCGUACGGGGCUCUACCCUCCAUGCCCAGCUUCAGCAUGGCGGGGAACCUCCCCGUGCAGCCCGGCGUGGGCACGCAGACGGCCUCCUACUCGUGCAUGCUGCCCUCCAACCCCUCGUCCUCGCGCGCCUACGACACGUACACGCCGCCACACAUGCAGGCGGGCCACAUGGGCACGGGGCCCUCCUCCACGGGGCUCAUCUCCCCGGGGGUCUCGGUUCCCGUGCAGGUACCUGGUACUGACCCGGAUCUCCCCCAAUACGGGCCGCGUCUACAGUAGCGCGCUUCCUCUCUCCUGCGGUGGGCGGUGGGGCUAGGAGGAAGGGGUGGAGGAGGGGCGGGGUGGGGGUACCCCCCCUCGAUCACCCCUCCCACCCGCCCUGAACCCCCAAACCACUGAACCCCCGACCACCUCCGGACCCAAUUGUGGGGUCAGGGUUCGCAAUCCCUGUCGGGGUCAAACUGACCUGACGUGACCCCCCCCCACCCCCCACGCAAUUAACCCCGCCCCCGUCCCUCCACCCCCACUUACCAAUCAGCCCAAGUAAAAAUCAAUUCCCCAGUCAUCUGAUCUGGGUCUUUUAAUCACAAAUAGAGAAGCGGAAUCAAUUAAUUGGGACGAGACAAAGUGUACACUGCCACUUGUACAGCAACAAAAACCAACGAGGUACAAUGACAAAUUAUAAUCAUUAAAACAAUAUGCACGUUCGCUUGACUCACCACCGUGGCCACCACCCCGUCACAGGGUUAGAAACCCGUGGCUGUGCGUGGCUGUGGGAGCCAAUCUCGACAGGCGCCUUGCUCCGUCUCCACUCCCACGGCUGAGGCCGCAGACAGCCCCAGCAGGAUCUGUUUGGCCCAAACUGCGGAGCGGUUUCGACUUCACGGGUCUCAUCAGCAGUCGGGCUCGUUAACGCAAGGCGCAUUGAACACGUGCUGCUGCAUCGGCAGAUGCCAUUGGCACGAGCAAUGCCACGUGCAGUGGGCUGGUGGUGCGUGGAGGGAGGGAUUGGAGGUCUCUCGUGGCGUAAUGGCGUCAUCAUCGUUUCCACAGCAGUUAAACGUGUGGGUUAUCUGUAAUUACUAUAAUUAUUCAUAUUAUUAAUUAAUAUUCGUCCCGAGUGCGUGUGUGUCCCGUGUUACUCGCUUGGUCACGACAACUCAAACCCUGCCCUCGAGUCGAACCCAUCCAUCCAUUACCCCCUCCCCCCUCCCUCCCGUGACCCUCUUACUCCCGCUCCGUUUCCAUAAACGAUAAAAUAAAAUUGUAAAACAAAAAUCUCUCCCUGCGUUCCCUCUCACCCGCCCCACCCUCGUCCCGACUCCAACUCAAGUCGCUAACACCCGGGGUCACUCUUCCGUACAAACUCCUCAAUCACUUCUGUGAUGGUGGUGGUGGUGGUGAUGAUCGGGCUGCAAUUCGUAAAUUCCUCCGCCAAAUGCGAUCCCAACUGCGCUGUCGGUGUCACGGCCAUGCGACGGGAAAUCCUCCAACUGGGUGGCUCGCAUGGCAGAGGCAUCCCCUGCACGUGUGAGUAGCCCGCGGGAGCCAAGGGGCGGUGGGCCGAGUCAACCCACCCAACGAGCCGUCGAACUCGCGGCCGGAGAUGAAAAUCGCGCCAUCUCAACGCGACCUCAUCAUCAUCUCGAUUUAAAGCUUUCGUGACUGCAAUGAUUCAUCUUCUUUGGUUCUUUCGGUAAAGUCACGUAGAAUGAGAAUAAAAUAAUAAAUUGAUAAAAUAAAAUACGUGACUUUACCGAAAGAACCAAAGAAGACUCAUCAUCAUCGUCUCCGAUAAUGAGGUCGCGUUGGAGAGGCUCCCUGCAGCGUUCUCUAUUGGAGGCCUCAUCUGCCGGCAGUGGCGUGGGCGAGCAAUUGCAGGGCUGCGCCUUCACGUGUGUUUUUGAUCGUAGAUUGCAAGGAGCCGGAUCGGGUUGGCAAGACCGACGAAUCAUGAGGCCGAUUGAAAACAAAAAUCAUCAUCAGCCGUGAUCAAUCCACUGCUGGAUGAAGGCCGGGGUCACACGAUGUAAACCCGGCCGGCACCUGACCCGACUGCACCACGAGCUGAUCUCUCACCAUCGCUCCGUUACUCCCAAGGCCCCAAAACAAAACGAGUCAAAACCUUCAGGUGAAUUUCAGGACAGGGUCCGUACAGCCUGUUGCGGGUAGCUACAAGGUACACGCAUCGGUGCAGCGUGCAGAAAACGCUCGCUCGGACGAAACAGCCCGGCCCCCGCGCAAAGGUCGCGUCUCGAGGCGAGGUCGCAAGUCGGUUCUGUGGAGCCAGGGGAGAGGUCAGCUGCAUCGGAGUCUCGUUGUGCAAGAGGGACCCGAGGCCUGACCCCACUCGCCGCCCCUACUGCUGCCGGGUGGGGUGGCGAUGAUUGCGGCUGAAUUUAUAAUCCCAAUCGAGUAAUUACUUUGCGAGAUAAUUGUCGAAUUUGCCAAAUCUGGAAUCAUGAGGACGGUCACACAAUGGCCUACUGCUGCAAAUGACGACGACGACGCAGGCGGCGGUAGCAGUCGUCACGUUCGGGUGAUAACCAGGGCGUCCCGCUCCAUUCGAACCGCGAACCUCUGUGACGCAACAAGGAGCCUCGAGGUGUGGGCGACUCAAGAACGGAGAGAAAAUCAACCCCCACCCCCACUCCUCCCCCUUGGCUUCGUGGGCUUCAGAGUGGCGUGGGAGUUGCAUCGUCGCCCUGAAACGGGACCAGCCCGACGCGGACGAUCACCCGCAAACCGCUCGUGUUUCCGAAUCUGUUACCGGUUUAGAAAGCCAGAAACCGGUUACCGGUACCAGUCGCGACGUAACGAAUGCACCGAUUGGCGCGCCCAAGUGUACGCGGGCCGUUCAGUCGAUUGGCUGGUCGCGUGACGCGGGGUAGAGUGUGGUUGUACUCCCACCUCUUCCAAGACGUUUGGCCGGCGUGGCAGUGUAGGCCAAACAUCUUCCACAGGGGGUUCUCUGGGGAUUCCUCCGUGGCUGGAGGUCGCCUUCUGCCAGCAGUGGCUUGAGCGAGACAGUUCAGGGCUGCGCCUCGACCUUGGACUACGGACACGAGUCCACGGAGUUGCUCGCGCCCCACGCGGGAGAGACGAGUCGCGCGCACCACGCCUCUCCCGGGCCGCUAACCCCGCGCACGCCUCCGUCACCGUGACGCCGAUUGGCCCCUCACGACCCCGAAGGCGCCCCCCGUCUCAUGCCCCACGUUGCGCAACUCCUCGCUCGGACGCGAACAAAGCGGCCGAGGGCGAUUCGUUGCGGUCGUGCGGGAUCGAGAGCGGGUUCAUUGCGCGACUUUGUCGCUCGGAUGUGACCCCCCCCCCCCCAGCCCCCCUCCCUCCCCCCGGCUUGUGGCUGCACUGCGCAAUGAAACGCGCCAUGGUCACCAACGCAGGCAGGAUCUGGGCUAUUCCAAUCCUCGUAGUAGAGGUGGUGGGGGGGUCGGGCUGGAUUGAGUGGAGCAGCGACUGCGAUUCGUGGACCUCCCCCACCCCCCGUGGAGUCCUCAAUCCUGCUACCCCCCCCUCACACCUCUCUUGUAUCUGACCCCCAGUCGCGAGUCACCGUGUAAAUACCCCCCCCUCUCCCCCAUGCUCCCCGUCACCCCCCCCCCCCCGAGCUUUGUCCGACCGUUUAUAAUGAAAAUAAAUAAAGACUCCACAUCGGCUUCCUCCAGCCUCGUGCCCUGUGGCUUCUCUGAGUCGCCCAGUGUGUGCAUGCGUGUGUGUGGGUGUAAUGUGGAUGGGUGUGUGCUUUGUGUAAUGUGCGAGUUGUGUGUGCGUGCG